CAGAUCUGCUGAGCUUUAAAAGAAGUUGGUCACUUGUUAAUAAAGAAACAGAAGCCAUGAUAGCACACCAGUUUCAAUUGGAACCAGUCCGGUGUCAUUCUAACAUUGCCCUAUUAUCACCAGCCAAGGUCGUUUUGUUAGUCAAUGAAGAGGUAUCCAUGCCGACAGUGCGAUCGUUCCUUUAAUUCCUCUCACAGUCUACGGAGACAUAUCAGAGUCAACCAUGAUGGUGUCAAGAGAACCUACACUUGUUGGUACUGCACAGAUGAAAAGCACUUUUUUGCUAAGCGCUUCAUGCUGGAGAAACACAUCAACCUAAUGCAUGGCAUCAAGAAUCCAGACUUCAGCCAGAUGCCAAAAGCUGUGCACGUGGGCACAGACACAACAGUGGAGGACUUGCCUGGCAAACGACUGGCUAGUGACUCAGAAGUGGGUGAGCUAUCCAGCUCCGACAUUUUGGCAUCACUUCCUAAGAAGCUGAAGGUCACAGUGUUCAAGCAAUACAGAUGUUCCAUAUGUGGCUACAUGACCAAAAGCCAAGCUGACUUUCAGCAGCACAUUCCUCAGCAUAAGUCUGAUGGUUCCACCUUUCAGUGUUCCCAGUGUGGGCUUUGUUAUACAUCUCCAUUAUCCCUGAAUAGGCACCUCUACAUCGUCCACAAACUCAAGGAACCUGAGAAGGUUCGUACAGCCGAUGUGAUUAGUGAAAACGGACAAGAUGAACAGAACGGGGAGUCGAACACUACAUCGGAGGAGGAUGUUGAUCUUCAGUGCCAAGUCUGCAAAGAUGUUUUUGACAGUGAGAUGGCAUUGAGCGCUCAUGUACGGACUCAUGGGAUGAGGUUUAUAUUAUCCAAGCAGAAUGGAGGAUCAGAACAAUGACUGCACCGACACUAGGGGGAGACUUUUAAAUACUUCCUCUUCCUGAAUGGGUCAUGUGGUGAACCCCAAGAUAAACCUGCAUUCAUUGAUACAUACACAGCAACAUAUAGACAAGUGAAGGAAAGUGGUACUUAUUCAAUGCUAACCGACAAGCUUCUCCCUGCCCUUGUAAAGCUCCAUGAAAAUGAAGCAAGUUUUGCUUCAGGAACCACCAUCCAGAAAACGCUAUAUCUUUUUU